UGGUCGGAAACUGGGGCCGAGAGAAGCGCUGCGAUAAGAUACUCGUCUCCUUCGCACACGGAUUAGCUUCGCCAACAACAAUGGCUUCUGCUUCUCUUCGCCGCGCUUAACUCAACAUUUUCAUGUGAUCAGUGGUUCAUCAUGGCCUUAAUCGUUUUCCGAGGAGGAUUCAGAACCAACCACCUUCUCCUCCGCCGAACAUUUCUCUUCUCCGCUCGUCGCGACAGUUCCCUUUUAUGCACAAUACAGCAACACCACCAAAGAUCUCGAUACAAUGUUCGCGCGGAGAGCCUUCAAGCAACAGAGAGCAAAACAAGCAGUAAAUCUAUACAAAUGGCAACUAAAGAACUAGUAGAGAAAAAGACACGGGGAUAUGAGGCUAUAAUUGGAAUAGAGACCCAUGUACAACUCUCUACUAUCACCAAGGCUUUUUGCAGCUGCCCUUAUACGUACGGGUCGCAGCCCAACACAACCAUUUGCCCAAUUUGCAUGGGACUCCCCGGAACUCUUCCGGUUUUGAAUUCGAAGGUCGUUGAAUUUGCCGUUAGAUUGGGUCUUGCACUCAAUUGCGAGCUAUCCGUGGCUUCUAAAUUUGAUAGGAAACAGUACUUUUAUCCUGAUCUACCAAAGGGGUACCAGAUAUCUCAAUUUGAUAUCCCAAUAGCGAGGAAAGGGUAUGUUGAUGUUGAUCUUCCUGUGGAGUUCGGCGGCGGGCAUAGGAGGUUUGGCAUAACUAGGGUUCAUAUGGAGGAAGAUGCUGGGAAACUACUUCACUCUGAAAGUGAAAGUUAUUCGCAGGUCGACCUAAAUAGAGCAGGGGUUCCUUUGCUUGAGAUUGUCUCUGAGCCAGACAUGAGAAGCGGGAUUGAGGCUGCUGAAUAUGCUGCUGAGUUACAGCGGCUGGUUCGGUACUUGGGGGUCAGUAAUGGGAACAUGCAGGAGGGUUCCCUUCGUUGCGAUGUGAAUGUUUCCGUCCGGCCAAUAGGACAGUUAGAGUUUGGGACAAAGGUUGAAAUAAAGAAUAUGAAUUCAUUUUCUGCAAUGAACAGGGCAAUUGAUUAUGAGAUCUCGAGACAGAUUCAACUCCAUAAUAAGGGUCAAGUUGAUCAAAUUGUUCAAGAAACUCGCCUUUGGGACGAGGGCACUCAGAAAACUUUCACAAUGCGGAAAAAAGAAGGGCUUGCUGAUUAUCGAUAUUUUCCCGAGCCUGACCUUCCUGAAGUUGUCCUCACAAAGGACUUCAUUGACCAAAUUCGUCAAUCAUUGCCUGAACUUCCAGAAGAAAAGCGGAGACGUUAUGAGAAUCUGGGACUCAGCAUGCAGGAUGUUCUCUUCCUUGCAAAUGAUAGCAGUGUUGCCGACUUUUUCGAUGCCACUCUUGAGAAUGGUGCUGAUGUGAAGUUGGCUGCCAACUGGAUUAUGGGUGAUAUUGCAGCGUACAUGAAGAAUGAAAAGCUUUCUAUUAAUGAGCUCAAACUAACUCCUCAAGAGCUUUCUGAGCUGAUUGCUUCCAUUAAAAAUGGAACUAUCAGUGGAAAGAUUGGGAAAGAGAUACUCACUGAACUGAUAUCCAAAGGUGGAACUGUCAAACAGUUGAUUGAGGAAAAAGAUUUGGUUCAGAUAGUAGAUCCAGCUGCUAUUGAAGCAUUGGUCGACAAAGUUAUUGCUGCAAAUCCGAAGCAGCUUCAGCAAUAUCGCGCAGGAAAAACCAAAUUACAGGGAUUUUUUGCAGGCCAGGUGAUGAAGGAGUCGAAGGGUAAGGCCAAUCCUGUUCUUCUGAACAAGAUCCUUGCGGAGAAAUUGAAUUGUCCAAGUUGACGAGGCUGAACACUAAUUAGAUGGAUAUCAGAGUGUGCGGACUGUUAAGCUUACGGUUCAGUUGAAGAAAAAGUGAAAUUGAGAGGGGAGAGUCAUCAAUUGCUUCUCUCUUUUGUCAGUUUUGGCGUCUGUUUUGAUGCAGCCAUAUGUUGUAUUCAUGCAUCUCAUUCUUGGGUGAGCAAAUAGCAAGUUUUAAGGGUAGAAAUUUGCCGAGUUUAACUUAAUUUUGCUACUACAUUUCUCUUCUUUUUUAAAUUCGAUCCAAAUAGAUCACUGUGUAUAUUUUCUUUUUAUUCUACAUUCACAUGUAACACCUAAAGUAGCCUAUCGGGAAAAAACUGUGUGUAAUGUUUCAAAUUUUUCCGUCUAUUUAUUCUGUUUGCACAUGUUCAGUAAAUAAAGCAUUUGUUGUUUCUU